AUGGUUGCGGUCGAAGUAGAGAAGGGGCUGGAGCGGUUGCGUCAGUGUGCGGAGAGCGGUCGGGCUCAACGCACAAGGUUGCAGAGGUUCAAUGCUCUAGAAAUACGACACCCGACCCCGGGCAACCGCAUGCUGCGGGCCAAACCUGCGUGCGCGCACAGCGGCUUGCGCUCCACGCCUCUAGCGCGCCGCUACGAACGUUCUACAUAA